GCAAGUUUGUUGUUAAAGGAAGUGGCCGAAAAAGUUAUGUAGCAUUACAUACUGAUACUAUCCGAUAGAGAAAAGGCCACCAUGAAAGAGAGAUAGGACGCGUUUUACAGUCAUAAAAACACAAGCACUUGCCGCUACGCACGGGAAACGGCAGCUGGAAGGGCGAACGGAACAUCUUCGUUUAUAUCAGAUGCUGUUUUAAGAGCCGAGGCUGACAGCGAGCAGUCAUGAACGAGAAUUUCGACCGAGCUCCCGGAGCAGGGAGAUCCCGUAAUUUUCCAGCAGACCCCGGACUCAUGACUGUCGCUGGGGACGCUGACAGCAAGACCCCGCUCUUCAACCAAAGAGAGCCGCUGAGACAGCCGCGAACAACUCCUCCUUUUACCGAGAACAGCAUUGGCUCUGUCAGCGACAUGCCUGAUGGAGAUUAUAGAAGACAAAGCAGACCUCCACAGAGUCCAAAUAGCAACAACACAUCUGCUUCAAGAGGUGGUAAUGAUGUGGAUUCCAUGAUCAAGUCAUCAAAGCUUUCAGCUAAUGCUCCCGAAUUUGUCCCUUUGGGAUUUAACCAAUAUGAUGACUCCGCUUACUAUGAUGACAGCGAUGUCUAUUACGGCGAACCAACUCUGGCUGAUACAGUCACAGACUUUCUUGGCCACCUGAGUUCCUCGCCAGGGUCCUUUGAGUCAGAUGUUGAAUACAUUACUGGUAUUCUCAAUUCCUGGGUUACCACUGAAGAGUUGUUGAAGGAGCUGGUGGAGCUGAUCUACACACAGUCCACUUCUAUUCCAAACUUUGCUUAUACUGGUGCCAGGCUUUGUAACUACCUUUCCCAUCACCUCAUCAUCACCCCGGCAAGCGGCAACUUUCGUCAGCUCCUUCUGAUAAGAUGUCAAACAGAGUUUCAACAAAGGGAUACAGCUGUUCGUGGAGAGCCAGAGACUCAGAAGAAAUUUCACUCGUAUGUGCUGUUUCUGGGAGAGCUGUACCUACAUUUGGAGAUAAAAAGUGGACAGGGACCUCCAGUUCGAGCACGUGUCCUACUAGGUGCUCUGAAAGACCUGUUGAUCAGUCUGUUCUCCAAUCCUGUGGAUGCAAAUCUCAUCUGCGCUGUCAAACUGCUUAAGUUGACAGGUUCUGUCCUGGAUGAUGCCUGGAAAGAGAGUGGAGAGUCGCACAUGGGAGAAUUAAUCAAAAGAAUAGAAGAUAUUGUUCUGGAUGCUACCUGCAGCAGAGAUGUGAGACAGAUGCUUCUUAAACUAGUGGAGCUGAGGUCCAGUGACUGGGGCAGAGUCCAAGUGGCUGCAGCAGCUAGCAGUGCCACACCAGACAAUGACCCCAACUACUUCAUGAAUGAACCUACGUUCUACACAGAAGAUGGCACUCCUUUCACAGCAGCAGACCCAGAUUAUGCUGAAAAAUACCAAGAGAUGCUGGACAGGCAGGACUAUUUCCAUGAUGUAUAUGGUGAAAAUGGAAAUGAAGUAUACGACUUUGAGGACGAGAUGGAGCCAGAGAUAGAAGAAGCUUUUGAGCAUUUUUGUUUAGAGUCGGAGAGGAAACGACAACAAUGACGUGAGAGCGAAGAAUCUGAAAGUCUGAAGCAGGCAUAUACUGUACUUUCCCACUCAACGUGCCGGAAGAAAAAGAAAAAACUAGCAUUUGAUAGGCUCAGAUUUUUAAUUUACUGCAAGCAUUUUAACAAAACAAGCUGUUCAUAGUUGCACUAACGACACUGUUUUCAGUCAGUGUUGAUUAGAAAAAUUGGGACAAUCAGUGGGAUAACUGUUCAGAAGGUUGAAGAAUUUAGACUUCUUUUUACAUGGAAGUUCUUUCUUUGUUCUUUUGAAGUAGCUUCCAAGAUUUUCUUUCCCUUAUGCCUAAACUAAAUGCCAAGAGGGAAGUAGUUUGCUGUGGAUUUUUUUUUUUUUUGUUAUUUUCUUAAAGGUGGAUGUGUUUUAAUCUAAUGUGUGCAUAAUUUGUUAACUGCUAGUUAAUUCCCCAGUCUAUAGGUAGAGGCCAGAAAAACAGCAUCACAGAGAUGCUUUAUCCUGAUGUUAAAUUCUCUGUAGAUGAGUGAGGUGGUUGUUUUACUACGUAUUACAGCCUUUAUCUCAACUGUUGUGAUACUGCAUCACACCGUCAAUAUUAAACACUAUAUUUUGGGCUGUUCACCUAUUCAUCUGGCUGCAGCUAACUGAAGUGUUCAAGAGCUCUGUAGAAAGCUGUGCAAAUUAGGAAGUGUUGUAUAGCACCUACAUAAGAAAAUAUUUAAAUUCAUUCACAAACUGUGAAGCGAACAUUGACAAAGACCUUUGUGGAAAAUUCAGAGCUUGAAAACUGAAAUCUGCAUCUAAAUCCAAUUGAUUUCCUGAAUGUACUUUCAAAUAUAUACACAUCUUGCAGGUCAGGGUUGCAUAACUGAACUGCAGAAACAGACUCCUUGUUAUCCCGAGACUGAAAGACUGUUUACCAGCAAUCUGUGGCUCCCAUAAAACGGAAUGUUGUUUUAUAGUUUGUAAAUAUUAUUUAUAGUAUUGUUUGCCUGCAAUAAAUUCUUUAUAAUGUGA